AUGGCUUCUGAAGAACCUAAAGCAAAGAAACUUAAACUUUCAGAGGAGGAGAAGAAGGAGUCUCCGACCAAACAGACUCCUGCCAAACUAAGCGCUAAUUCACUCUUUGGAAUGGGAAACCCCUUAUUGGACAUCUCUGCUGUUGUGGACAAAAACUUCUUGGACAAGUACACUCUGAAACCCAAUGACCAGAUCCUGGCAGAGGACAAACACAAAGCGCUAUUUGAUGAGCUGGUGAAGUUGAAAGUUGAGUACCACGCUGGAGGAGCCACACAGAACUCUAUAAAGAUCGCUCAGUGGAUGAUCCAAGAACCCCAUAAUGUGGGCACGUUUUUUGGCUGCAUUGGCAAAGACAAGUUCGGAGAGAUCCUGAAGCAGAAGGCUGAAGAGGCUCACAUCGACGCCCACUACUACGAGCAAGAUGAGGAGCCCACAGGAUCGUGCGCCGCUUGCAUCACCGGAGAUAACAGGUCUCUGGUAGCUAACCUAGCUGCUGCUAACUGUUAUAAGAAGGAUAAACAUCUAGACCUGGAAGAAAACUGGAAGCUGGUGGAAAAAGCUAAAGUCUUCUAUAUUGCUGGUUUCUUCCUGACUGUCUCCCUGGAGUCCAUCCUGAAAGUGGCGAAGCACGCAUCUGAAAAUGACAAGAUAUUUUGCCUGAACCUCUCUGCUCCCUUCAUCUGCCAGUUCUUCAAGGACAACCUCAUGCAGGUUAUGCCCUACGUUGAUGUGCUGUUUGGCAAUGAGACGGAGGCAGCUGCAUUUGCUAAAGAGCAAGACUUUGAGACCAAGGACAUUAAGGAAAUUGCCAAGAAAGCCCAGGCUCUUCCCAAAGACAACACAAAGAGACAGAGGAUUGUAGUGUUGACCCAAGGGAAGGAUGCCACCGUUUUGGCCUCAAGUGACAAGGUCGAGACCUUCCCUGUACUGAAGAUUGACUCCAAGGACAUUGUUGACACAAACGGUGCUGGUGAUGCCUUUGUAGGAGGUUUCCUGUCUGAGCUGGUCCAGGAGAAACCUCUGCAUCAGUGCGUGAAGGCCGCACACUACGCUGCCAAUGUCAUCAUCAGACGAGCAGGUUGUACCUUCCCAGAAAAACCUGAUUUCAACUGACACACUUCCGGACAACUUUUCCUUCAGCCCGAGGCCUCAUGCUCACCCUGCCAUACAUCAACUGUCUGACACAUAAGCUCCACUAUUUUCUACAAAUAGUACCCUCA